GUGCUGGCCACAGGACACUGGGUCGGGAACAGGGAGGGUAUUUCCUGGGUGACCUCCCCUUUCCUUUCCCACUCUUUCAGCCACGAGUGUCCCAUCACCAUCCGGAUCUGUCCCUGGAGCCUCUGCCCCCUUCCGGCCCCUCUUCAACGACUUUGGCCCUCCGUCCAUGGGCUACGUGCAGGCCAUGAAGCCACCAGGUUCCCAGGGCUCCCAGAGCACGUACACUGACUUACUCUCAGUCAUUGAGGAAAUGGGCAAAGAGAUUCGACCCACCUAUGCAGGUAGCAAGAGUGCCAUGGAGCGGCUGAAACGAGGCAUUAUCCACGCCCGGGCGCUGGUGAGAGAGUGUCUGGCAGAGACAGAGCGCAAUGCGCGUACGUAACAGCUGCUGCCCUGCCCCAUGGACCUUCCCAUCAAUGAGCAUCUGAGAACCUGGAGAUCUGCCCUCCCACGGACCUUCCCACCCGAGACCUGGCUCUGCCAUACCCCCACACAGACCUUUCAGCAUUUGGCAGCUGAGGAUCUGGAGCGGGUCCUGCUGGAGUGCAGCUGUCGCCGGCAGUCAGCGCUGGGGAAGCUGGUGCUUGGGCCAUGCUGCAGGGAUCUCCAGGGAGAGGAGCCAGCGGCUUUUCUCGCAUCUUUAUAACGUGUUUGUUUUUAUAACUCAAUAAAAGAAAGCGUUGGGAUUCUGA